AUGGUUUCUCAUCCAACGGGUGAUUCUACGCCCAUAACUCCCCCUGGCUUACUGAUGAACCCCGACACUAUUGCUGAGGGCAGAGUUGAGCUGUCAGCAAGUGAUUCGGCUAUGUCGGACGGUGUGGAUUUGGAACAUCAAGCAGCGCAGCCCAGAAACAACGGCAUCCGGGAGCGCAUCAGGCAAAGAAGCUCGCGUAUUCUAUCCUUACUGGGCCUUCGCGGUCCUAGUGGCGUGCUCAAAGCAGUGACGACUCGAGAGACCGCCGUCCCUCGGAAGGGCUCGACCGACAGCAAUCCGUCGCAGUCAUUCCAUUCCUUUCAAACCGAGAAUAGAGUCACCUCUGGCAGCACGGCCAUCGAUCCAGAUAAGGUACAUCCCGGUCCUCUGCCGACCUGCAUCACCCACAGCAGCUUGAGGGACGGGACAUCACAGGAAUCCGAAGCCACCUCGAAGUCACAGAGAUUUGAUACACGUGGGCUCCAGAGAAAGCCAGCAGUGGGAGUGAAACGGAGCCAGUCAACGCCGGCAGCACUCACCAGUAUUGUAUCCACCAAGCUGUCCACGACAUUUGGCAAUCCAACUGUCAUUCGUCGCUCGCACCUUCGGUCGCCGCCCAAUAUCCGUGCUGUGAAAUUCUCAGCCCCUUCCCAUGGUCUCAACAAACAAGGCGAUAGUGCCAACGACAGCUCGAGUCCCUCGACAUCACCAGGUAACAGUGGGUCUCCGUUGGGCACACAGUCAACCCCUCCCACAUCAGAAGACCCCUCCGGAAGUUCGAAGCAGGCACUCGGUAGUUCGGUUAGAAACGAAAAGGAUGUGCCUUGCCCAGUCCAGGAGGUUGGCGAAGAUUUUACAUCAACCGAAGCGUCGUCAGGAACGUCACCUUCCGUUGUCACAGUGGAGGCCGCUACUAACGCCAAGGUCUUUUUUGAAACGUAUUUUAACACAGUCUUUUGUGGUACAGAUCCUCGUUCUCAGCGUCGGCAGGAACUUGAGCAGUAUAUGUACGGACUACCGCUGAGUCCUGAAGAAAGAGCCCGGAUAUGGGACAACUGGAUUACGCAGGAGCGGCACUACCUACGGCAGUGUCGAGUCCUCAAGAGUCGAUCUCAUAGCGGUGGCGGCCAUGAUGAGACUGUAUCUCUAGCUGGGUUUGAGGUGAUCAAAGUGCUAGGUAGGGGGAGUUUCGGAGUCGUACGCCUAAGCAACCGUCGGAAGAUUAUGACCGGCGUGAAGAAGGAUGUCUUCGCCAUGAAAGUUAUUCGUAAGUCGGCGAUGAUUCGCAACAGUCAGGAAGGUCACUUGCGGGCUGAGAGAGACUUUCUGGUGGCAUCGGCUAAGUCUCGGUGGAUUGUCCCCUUGAUCGCAAGCUUCCAAGAUAGUAACCAUCUCUAUCUCAUCAUGGACUAUAUGGUGGGCGGUGAUUUUUUAGGCCUGCUGAUGCGUCGAAAUAUCUUGCCCGAGACUGUUGCUAGAUGGUACAUCGCCGAGAUGAUUCUCUGCGUCGAAGAGGCUCAUCGACUAUGCUGGAUUCAUCGCGAUGUCAAACCAGACAACUUCCUCAUCUCGGCCUCUGGCCACCUGAAGAUAUCCGACUUUGGCCUGGCCUUCGAUGGGCACUGGGCACACGACCAGGUCUACUAUAAUGAUCAUCGUUACUCUCUCCUAAAACGGCUAGGAAUCCAGGUUGAUGGUGACGCUCUGGACCAGAAAGAGGCGACAAGGGCGGCAGAGGAGUCUUCUCGAACAGCCGACAACGACAAGGUCGAUGACACCAGCUGGACCCCACCCGCAGUUGGCCUUCUAGGAUGGCGUGAUCGGACACAGAAACGGCGGUUGGCAGGGAGUGUCGUCGGCACCAACCAAUACAUGGCCCCUGAAGUGGUUCGCGGCGAGCUAUAUGACGGGCGAUGCGAUUGGUGGAGUGUGGGCAUUAUCUUGUACGAAUGUCUCUAUGGAUUCACCCCUUUUGCAUCGGAUGAUCGGCAGAAAACAAAGUUGAAGAUCCACCAUCACAGCACGACGCUACAAUUCCCAACGAAUCGGUCUUCAGACAAAGACAUCUCUGCCGAAGCAAUUGACCUGAUCAACUAUCUGCUUCAGGAGAAAGAACAUCGUUUGUCCUCCAGCAAAUAUCGAGUGAACGACUCCAUCACUUUCCGGUUAGCGUCCAGGCACCCCUUCUAUAACAUGGACCCUCGCAACAGGAAUUAUCGUGGGUUCUAUGUCUACCCCAACGAUGCGACAGAUAUCAAGAACCAUCCGUUCUUUCGUUGCGUCAACUGGAGCGAGAUCCACCAAUCGAUGCCCCCAUUCAUCCCCAAAGUGAAGAGCUGGGAGGAUACCCGGUACUUUGAUGAUGCUGGGUAUGAUCAUGACCCGGAGGAUUUCUCCGCGGCGUCAGAGGCAGACCAUCUCGAAGAAUACAGCGAAGCUGAAGAGCGAGGGGAGCGUGAUCGAGAGAAAGGCGAACCACCCCGAUAUCAGGACAUCAAUCAAAUGCCGAGUCCCGGAAGCAAACCCCCGGUAAAAAAUCGCCGAAAAGGAAAGGACAAGAAGCGGCCGCGAGACAAGCUGCUACGUGACCGAAGAGUGAGGAUGACGGUUUUGGAGAUGCGCAAGAAGGGAGCAUUUCUAGGAUAUACCUAUCGCCGACCUCAGGCAGUUGCGAUGGCCCUAGCACCGGACCGAGGGCGAGCACUGCUAGGACGAGGACACCUGUCGGACUUGUAUGGGUAG